AUGGCGGCUGAAUCCGUGCUAAAUGAUUUGCCAAUCGUGGAGAAUGCAACUGACGGUGGAAUGGGGGCUUUUGAGGAAGGAUGGAGGUACAUGAAUUCAAACUAUUCCAGGUUUCAGAUCUCAACGUACAUGUCAGCAUGCCUUCACAUAGUUACCUACUUUCUCUUCUGCUCACCAUCGUUCAUCUUCCAGUUUUUCCGCUUCAUGGACCGGUACAAGAUACAGCAGGAUAAACCGACCACAUGGGACCAGGAAUGGAAAUGCUUCAAGCUUGUUAUUGCCAACCAAGUGCUCAUCCAGACACCAUUCUUCUCAGGGGCCUACUUCUUCUGCCAAUAUAUGAAUAUUCCAUUUGACUAUGAGUCCAUGCCUGUUUGGUAUAUGACGCUUGCCCACUGCUUUGGUAGUUUAGUGCUUGAGGAUGCUUGGCAUUACUUCCUUCAUAGAGCUCUUCACCAUAAAAGCAUCUACAAGUACAUCCACAAGAUCCAUCACAACUUCCAGGCCCCUUUCGGCAUGACGGCUGAAUACGCUCAUCCAAUGGAGACUAUGAUUCUGGGAAUGGGUUUCAUGUGGGGUAUGCUCCUCUUCUGCGAUCACUUGAUUUUCUUAUGGUGCUGGAUGUGUGUCCGUCUGAUCGAAACCAUCGAUGUCCACUCCGGAUACGACUUCCCCAUCAAUCCACUUCACGUCAUCCCAUUCUAUGGAGGUGCGAGGUUCCAUGACUUCCAUCACAAGAAUUUCAACGGUAACUACUCCUCUACAUUCACCUGGUGGGACAAGAUCUUUGGUACAGACAUGCAGUACAAGGAUUAUUACGCCAAACUACAAGAUCAGAAGACUGAAAAGAAAGCCAACUAA